ACAGAUUAUACAAGAAAUACCUUAUUUUGCAAGAUAAAUUGGUGUUAAAAGAAGAAACGAAAGGAAUCAGACUCCACAUUUGGGUGCUUUCACUCCUCAGCUCCAGUGGAUAAAUCUCGACUGUCCUCACUCUUGCCCAAAGAAGAAGAUGCCUGUGAUAAUUGAUCAGCUCCAGAUAAAUGAAACAAGGGGAACCAUGGCCACCACAAAUCCUCUGGAGAACCUCCAAGUGGAAGCCAGCUGUUCUGUCUGUCUGGAGUACCUGAAAGACCCUGUGAUCAUCGAUUGUGGCCACAACUUCUGCCGGGUGUGCAUCACCCGCUGGUGGGAGGAUUUGAACCGAGACUUCCCAUGCCCCGUGUGCCGUAAGACUUUCCGCCACCGCUCUCUGAAGCCCAACCGGCAGCUCGGCAACAUGGUGGAGCUUGCCGAGCGCUCAACUCCCAGGCUUCGUGCUUUAUUCCCUUAGAUCUGGGUGGCCAUCAGUAAUUUUCAACCAAGAGAGCUUCGGGUAUAAUUGACAUCAGGAAAUGUUUGUGGGGGUGGGAAUAAUAGAUUGGCAAUAUAUCCCUAUUUUUAUUAGGGACUUACCUCCCAUCGUGAUGAAGAGAAGAUAGACUAUAAGUAACCAAAGCUGAACCGUGCCUGUUUACUCCCAAGUCUGUCAGAAAAGGCUUGGAUAGACCUGGCCAUGGAAAGAGAAGAAGGGAUUUUUUUAAAAAAAAUCUGUGGGUAGUUGGAUUUUUAAUUUAAUCACACAUCUACAUUUCAGAAAUCAGCUUGUACUUGUGUAGGUUGAUCAACCAUACCCGUGAUGGACAUUGAGAUCAUGGAACAACUUUCAACUGUUUGAUCUGUAAAUUAAAAUUUUUCAGUAUCAA